GCAACCUAACACAGAGCAGUGUAUAUUCUUAUGAAAUAGAGGUCACCAUGCUGUCAUCUGCAAUAACAAAAGCACUCCUGCGUGGUGCGUUUCAGAUCCCACAGCGUUCGGCGCUUCCUGUAACAGUCCUGAGUCGAUCUUUUCGAGGAGAUGCUCCAGAACCUCAUCUGAUCGAGAUCCCUCUGCCGCCGUGGGAGGAGAAGAUGAACGAGUCGCUGGACAUCAAGAAGAAGCGGCUGCUGUACGAGAGCAGGAAGAGAGGCAUGCUGGAGAACUGCAUCCUGCUCAGCCUGUUUGCUAAGCGGUACCUGGAGUCCAUGAGUGAAUCCCAGCUGCGCCAGUACGACCAACUCAUUAACGAGCCCAGUAACGACUGGGACAUCUACUACUGGGCUACAGGGGCGAAGCCGGCGCCCGACGUGUAUCAGGGAGAGGUGAUGGACCUGCUGAAGGAAUUCACCAAGAACAAAGAGAUGGAGCAGAGGCUGGACGCUCCAGAUCUCGACUACCUCGAUAAGAGCAGCAAUUAAAAACAUCCGUACUUUUAUCUUCUGCUCUUGACGUGAUCGGCACCACAUGAGGAACACGUCAGAACCGUACCUACAGUGACUGAUAUUAAUCAUUCGGUUGUUUAGAAGGUUCUAGAACGUACUAUAACUUCUGCAUGGACUCAUAAGUCCUCUUGAAUGUUUGCGAUAAACUACAGCAGACUUCUCUGUGUCCAUAUAAAUAGGGUAGUUUGACUUCACCUAUUUAAAAAAAACCCCAUAAAACAGUAGUUUCCUUUUCUGGGAGAUCAUUCUUCUUACCUUUAUCUCUCAAUUUAGUCGUUUCCAAUUCCUGAUUGUAAAUCUGAUCUGAUCACUGAGAGCCGGAUAUUCACACGCACCCUCCGACAGGGGGUCCGAUCAGUGGGCGCUUUUUAUCACCGGGCAGUGUUGGGUUCUCACUCAGAGCUUUAUCGUGUACGGAGAGCCAGGCUAAGCUCUGUGUGAGGAGGGUACAUUUGGGGAAUUGGAUAUGACUAAUAAGAAAGAAAAUACACAAAUAAAUUAAAAAAUGCACGUCACUGACACGUCUAUGAAAGCGUCUUUAUUUUAGAUAGACGCUGUUAAAACUUGUAUGAAUUGAUUUGUUUUUUUUAUUUGUGUAAGAUUGAACAUUUUGAUGCUUUUUUGAUUGUUUUUCAUCAUGUAUAAUAAUUAUACUGUAAAAUAAAAAUGCGUUAUAAUAAAUUAUAAA